GUUGCUGUGGAAAAACGAUUGUUUAAAUAUGGCGCACAUUUUCAAUUUAUCUUCGAACGCGAGAAAGAAUCCUGUCCCAGAGAGAGAGAGAGAGAGAGCGCACGAGAGAGUGCACAUCGAAAAACAAUGAGCGAAGAAAUUACGGAGAAGAAUGCGUCCCUCGACAAGACAGCUCGGAAACUCACCGAGGAUAUACAGAACAUGUCGAAUUACAAGGCGCUUUACAGCGAAAUACAGGUGGGUGGUGUUGAGACUCGAAUUACACAUUUUGGGAGAAAUUUAAUUGUUGUUAUCCUUGUCUUUUUCUCGCCAGAGACUCGUCGCGUCGCCCGUCGUGGACAAGGACGAUUUCAAAAAUUCCCUGAUCGCGGCAUUGAAAACCAACGGCUUGGAAACGGAGAUCAGAAACACCGUGUUUCACUGGGCGCGAUCGCGAGUACGUGGGUACUUGUGUUUUUUUUUUUUUUUUUUUUUUCAAGGCAAUUUUGGGUACAAGUUUUAACGAUCCGAACAAAUUUUCAGGGCUCGUUGCACUCGCGAUCGGUUUCCCACAUACAAUCGGCCGAUCUGAGUUACUUGAAGAAGACACAGAUUCAAUGGGAACGGCGCAUACAGAAGUCGUUGAAUUCGACGUGCAGCGAACUAAAUAUUCCACUGGCUCGUAUAAGACCAACUGCCGAUCGGGACGAACUUGUCGAAAAGUGGAACGAACUUAGCACUUACGACAUCGAUUUGUCGCAAUAUCGACCGUUGUACGCGCCGAAGGAUUUCUUAGACGUGUUGUUUUCCAUACGCGAUCCUUCCUUUAAGAAGCAACCAGACGAAUUGAAUUGGGAUUUCAGUCACAUACAAAUUGGCGUAAAAACACUCGCGCAAUUGAGACGCAUGUAUUCGGAAUUGGCUCAAGGAAUGUCGUUACUCGGAGUGAAUCCUGAACUGCCGUCCGCGGAAGGUUUUCCGAAUUUAGAAGCCGAGCGUACGCACAUCGGCGAAAAAGUACUGAGUUCCAAUCACGCACCGAUCGCUCAAGAAUUUCUCAAACGUGGCUCGCCGCGAGCGUUACGCGGUCGACUCUGGUCUCUCGUUCUCGGAUCCGUUAUCAAAGAUAACGACGUAGAUUAUUACGAUGAAUUAAAAAAUAUGGUAUUGCAGUACGACAUUGUGAUAGAUAAACUGAUAAUAAUGGAUGUACAGUUAACGGCAAGAAACGACGAUCAGUAUUUUGUAUUCGAGGAUAUUUUGUACAAAACCAUGUUGUGUUUCUCGCGAGAUUCCGAAGUGCUUGCUCCGGUCACAACUGACAGAAGUGCCGGCGGCCAAGUGAUUCACGCGGUUCUGCAGGGCAAACCGGCGACGUUAGAAAAUACAUUGGUUUUUCCACCUAGCGGUGUUAUUCCGUUUCACGGAUUCACAAUGUACGCCACACCGUUUUGUUAUUUAUACGACGAUCCCUGCGCCAUGUAUUACACUUUUCGUGCGUUUUACCUGAGAUAUUGGUUUCGUCUGCACACCGUGUCGAGCCACGAACAAGGCAUAGUCGCUCUCUGUUUGCUCUUCGAACGAUUGCUGCAGUGCCACGAACCGCAAUUAUGGGCCCAUUUAAAAAAUAUACACGUUCAACCCAUAAGAAUAGUUUUUAAAUGGCUCAUGAGAGGUUUCAGCGGUCAUUUACCACCCGAACAACUGUUGUAUCUGUGGGAUCUAAUUCUCGGUUAUGACUCUUUGGAGAUCAUCCCGUUAUUGGCAGUGACAAUACUGAGUUUUCGAAAAGAAAAUUUACUGCAAGUCAAUACUCAGCAAAAUGUAGAGGCUGUAUUAGCAGAUUUAUCUUCGUUAAAAGUAAUGCCUCUCUUACAACUAGCUCUCUUGAAAGAAUAAUAGUAUUAUUUAUAUAUAUAUAUUUUAUGUACAUGAAAUACCGAUGCGCAACACAGAAUUUGUAAUUUUUUAAUGAUAUAUAUACGUAUCAAAUUUGGUAAUCCUAUGGAUUUGAUGUGAUACGUAGAUUUACUUCCACACAUAGAAAAAUAAUUACACAUAUUAUAAUAUAUUAUAUGUA